AAUGACUCCCAUUACACUAUAGAGGGUGUGAGGAACCAUUCUGGCCCUUCCUUAGUAUUCCUAUUGAGGGAACAGGGAGCCGUUUGGAAUACGACCUAGGAACUUCUUACACGCACGCAGAGACGAGGGAACCGAGUGGAAAUAAUUGUGUCACGGCUGCAUUAUUCUCUCAAACGGGCCCGAGUUCUUCAAAUCCCCUGAGCAAAUUCGACGCUGCUUGGAUAAACUGUGGCAGAAAAGCACGAUGGAUCUGAAACGAACUGCUGAGCGCUGUUACUGAGUCCGAUAGGUGGCCUUUUCGAGCGUUAAUUCCGCAGCUAGCCAGGCAGGCAGUUUCCUCCGCGCCUUUAGAGCUUGCGGACAGUUACCUGUGGCGGAGAGGAGAGGCGACUUCUGGGAUUGAACGCAUAUUGCGGGCCACUCAGUGGUCCUUGAAGGCAUUUGUAGACUUUUAUGGCUUGCGUUUUAUCAAGCUAGCUAGUCCUACAAGCUAGUUAGCCGGUUAGCAGACCACAGUGCUAACGCAGUUUCCUCACAACAUUCUGCUCUUUUAUUAGAACGGUUUCCGUUCCCAGGGCAACCAGUUAACAUUACCGACAGUGUAUUUUUUUUUAAAUUAUUAGUAUUAUUAAUUUUAUAUACCGUAAUUCAACUGCGUUUUGGUGAGGGUUUUUUUUUUUCGCUCGUGGAAAAAUGGAUGCGGUAAUGGAGAAGGAGUGCAGCGCUUUGGGAGGGCUCUUCCAAUCCAUCAUGAACGACAUGAAGGCGAGUUACCCUGCCUGGGAAGAUUUCGUUACGAAAGGGGCCAAGUUACAGUCACAGCUAAGGACAACCAUCAUUGUCAUUGGCUCAUUUUUGGAUGCUUUCCAGAAGGUUGCUGAUAUUGCAACUGGAACACGAGGGGCAACAAAAGAAAUCGGCUCAGCGUUGACCAGAAUGUGCAUGAGACACCGAAGCAUUGAAAGCAAACUCAAACUCUUCACUACUUCUUUCAUGGAUAAGCUCAUCAGUCCACUGGAGCUGACGUUGGAGGACUGGAAAAAAGUGGCCAGUCAGCUUGAUAAGGAUCACGCUAAAGAAUAUAAGAAGGCACGAGCAGACAUCAGGAAGAAAUCCUCUGAUACAAUCAAGCUGCAGAAGAAAGUAAAAAAAGGUAAGGAUGAGGUGCGGAUGCAGUUGGACAGUGCGUUGCAGGAUGUAAACACUCGCUAUACCGAGUUAGAAGAGACGGAGAAGAAAGCUGUGUGCAGAGCGCUCGUUGAGGAAAGAGGACGCUUCUGCUCCUUCGUUACAAUGCUGAAACCUGUUCUUAAUGAGGAGAUCAGUAUGCUUGGUGAAGUAACGCAUCUACAGUCAAUUCUAGAUGACCUUUGCAACCUGACAACAGACCCCAGUGCUUUACCACCUGCUAGUGAACAGGUUAUUCUUGACCUGAAAGGUUCUGAAUACUCCUACACGUUCCAGACUCCACCUGCAUCUCCUAGCAACACGCUUUCACGCAAAAGCAGCAUUAGCAGUAACUAUGCCUCGGUGCGUCACGUGCCCUCUCUGGACUCCAUCUCCAGUGUUAUGGAUGGCCUGCAUUUGCACGACCCGAAAGUAGUACAGGAGCAGAGUCUCAAGAUCCCUGGUACAGAGCACGGCACCACCAAGCUUCAACACCAAGUUUACAGCGGUUAUGGGGAAAGAGCUAGAGCCCAGUCCACGUCAGGAAAGCCAAAGACGGCCAGAGAGCAACUCGCUCUGACGUUAGCGGGUACACUCAACUCUGAGACUUCCCACACUAGUCGUGACUCUCUGCACUGCUCCAGCGGCUACAGUACCCAGACAACAACACCAUCCUGUUCUGAAGAUACAAUACCCUCACAACAUGAUUAUGAUUACAUCUCCCUCCAUGGAGGUGAUGACAUACCCACUCCGUCUGAUUUUGACAAAUCCUGCACAAUUCCACGCAACAGCGAGCUGAGCCUGAACUACCGUAAACUGUUCCAGAGCAAGAGACCAGCAUCCACCGUGAGCCUGCUGACUGAGCCGGAGUCACUACUGCUGCAUCAGCCUCACACAGCCACCAUCCGGCGUAAACCAUCCAGUAAAGCCAACCUCCGUCGUGGCACCAUCAGUGGAGGGGUGCCCAUCCCCAUCUCCACACCCCAGGUGCCACUGAAGCCAUCCACAUCCCUAGCAGGUUUAGCUCCAGGCCGUAGUGGCAGUGAGGAGGCAGUGUGCCCACAAGUGCCCACUCAAACUGCUCAACAACCCAGCUCUGAUUUGGCACAUGCUAAACACGCACUCUGCACCUCCACCCAAAAUAUGGGUACAAUGCCAACCCCAUACUAUGCGAUGUUCCCUGGCCAGCCACCAGUAGGCAUCACAGAGCAGAUCUACCAGACUAGCAAGCAACACCAAGGGCAGGUCCAGCACCACAAUGACAAUCAACAGUACAACCAAAAACAGCAAUAUUACCAAGAGUACAACAAACAGGAGCAGCCCAUACAAUAUCAACAACAGUACCAUCAAGCACAACAGGAGCCACAGUAUCGUCAACAGUACAUCGAAGCACGACACCAUCACCCCCACUACAAGCAACAAUAUCAGCAACAGACGCAGCACAUACCAGCUCAGCAUCCAAAGUUUCCCAAGCAACAUCCAAUCCAGCAGCAUGAUCAACAAAAACAGCAGCAGAGCCAACUACCUCAACAGAACGCUGCACUACAGUGCUGGUCAUCUGCUCCAGCUCCAGACACUGCAAAUCAUUCAGAUAACACGAAUGAUUCCAGUCAGGUGUCAAGUGGUGGUGGCGAUAUGUUAAGCAUGAUCCGCAGGGGGGUGAAACUUCGACGCACACUCACUAACGAUCGCUCAGCACCUCUCAUCACUACCAACUAUCUCAAUUAAAGAUGAUUCUACAAGCUUUAGGCAAUUACCUUUUUUUUUUUUUUUUUUUUUUUUUUUUAAUAAUUUUGUUUUUCCCCAUUUUUAUAAGCUUUCCCAUCAGGGUUAGACAGUCUGCUUUCCUACAGAACUGAUUUUAUUCAGUUACUUAAAUAUAAUUGUGACUUUGUGGCACUAGUGUGUCCAUAUGAAUGUCAGCUUUCAUAUGCUCAACUUUAUAUUAUAUUCUUAAUGUCAGAUAUGGAAACUUGACAAGUUUGUAUGUAUUUAGAAAAAAAUAUUUUAGGUUGGAUUUGUUCAAAUUUAUCCGUUUGUGUACUUUUGUAGAGAUUUAACUGAAGAGUGACUGCUCCACUGCCUUUAUUUGCCUGAAGUCUGGAUUAAGUGAAUGAGUGGAGUGCUGAUAAACUAACAUGUUGAGAAUGUGGCCGUUAUUUCAUUGCUUGUAAUUAAUCACUGUGGCGCUAUAAAAUCCGCUAGAUUUUGAAA